ACCUCAACGACCACCGUGGAGCCCGUUCCACUUCCGCCGCUUGUCGCAUCCCUCUGCCGCCGGGGCAUCGUCUGUGAUCGCCCCCUCAUCGACGCCACCACGGCUUCUCCUCCUCGUCACGUCCUCGGACUCCUUUGCCCUAAGGGAAUUCUGAAGGAUGUUACUGUAACUAUUAUCGAGAAUUGUCUAUCUGGUGAAUGCGCUUUGCUGAUCUGCCUUUUUAGAUGCAGAUAUGAAGAUUAGAACCAGCACCUGCCAAUUGUCGAUGUAGAUUAUGCAUCUUCAACCCCAUAAUAAUCAGGUCCACUGGCCGGCGAAGGCAAUAUAAGACCGCAGCGAGGCGCCGAUCACAGACCCUUUUUGGGCCUCCCUCUCUUCCUCCUCCAUGGCCGCCACCUCUUCCGCUCCUUCUUUGGUGGAUACACUGUUCCAGCGAUCCCUGGACGACCUCAUCCGUUCCCUCCGCUCAUCCUCCUCCUCCUCCGUCUUGGAGGCGGCCGCGAUCACCCGCGCCCUGGACGAGAUUCGCCGCGAGAUCCGCUCGCCGGACCUGGACACCAAGGCGGUGGCCCUCCAGAAGCUGACCUACCUGGCCUCCCUCCACCACCUCGAUAUGUCCUGGGCCGCCUUCCACGCCCUCGAACUCCUCCCCUCCCCUUCCCUCCCCCACCCCCGCGUCGCCUACCUUGCGGCUUCCCUCUCAUUCCACCCUUCCUCUACCGACCUCCUCCCCCUCGCCACCCACCAGCUCCGCAAGCACCUCGCUCCUUCCCCCGCCAAUACCCCCGCCCUCGUGGCCCCCGCCCUCCACGUUCUCGCCCUAGCAUCCUCCGCCGACCUUGCUUGCCACCUCGCCCCCGACCUCCUCCCCAUCCUCUCCGGCCAGUCGUCCAACCCCCUUCGGCCCAAGGCCAUCGCCACCGCCCUCCGCGCGCUCGCCGUCUGCCCCGAUGCCGCCCCUGUCCUGUUCAAGCCCCUCGUCGAUUGCCUCUCCCUGUCCUCCGAACCCAGUGCUGUCUCCGCCGCCGUCAGCGCCUUCUGCGAGCUCGCACUUGCCGCUCCUGACCCCUCCCCGUACCUCCCCCUCGCCCCCGAGUUCUACCGCCUCCUUGUUGACUCCCGUAGCAAUUGGGUCCUCAUCAAGGUGCUCAAGAUCUUCGCGCGCCUUGCGCCCCUCGAGCGCCGCCUCGCCAUCCGCAUCCUCGACCCCGUCUGCCAGCUGCUCCGCCGCUCCCCUGCUAAGUCAGUAGUCUUUGAGUGCAUCCGCACCGUUCUCUCCAGCCUCUCAGACCACGAUUCGGCAGUCCGGCUGGCGGUGGAUAAGAUCAAGGAAUUCUUGGCCUCGGAUGAUGAUCCCAACCUGCGGUACCUUGGCCUUCAAGCUUUGGCCAUGCUUGGGCCGGCAUACUUGUGGGCGGUGGAGGAGAGCAGGGAGGUCGUUAUCCGGUCGCUGAAUGAUACUGAUACCAACAUACGGCAUCAGGCACUGUGCCUCAUAAUGGGGAUGUUGCGUGAGAGCAACGUGGUUGAGAUCUGCAACCUGUUGAUCAAAUAUGCCAUGAAGUCUGACCCAGACUUUGCGAAUGAGAUUCUAGAUGCAGUGCUUGCAACCUGUGGCAGGAACGUAUAUGAGCUAAUUGUGGAUUUCGAUUGGUAUGUCUCACUCCUUGGUGAGAUGGCAAGGAACCCACAUUGUGCGAAGGGGGAUGAGAUCGAGAGGCAGCUAGUGGAUAUUGGAUUGAGGGUGAGGGAUGCAAGGCCUGAGCUUGUACGUGUGGCUCGAGACCUUUUGAUCGACCCUGCUCUGCUUGGGAAUCCUUUUCUCUGCAGGGUACUGUCUGCUGCUGCUUGGGUUUCAGGCGAGUAUGUUGAGUCCUCAAGGAACUUGUUGGAGCUAGUGGAGGCACUAUUACAGCCGAGGACUAAUCUCCUAUCGUUGUUGGUAAGAGCCGUUUACAUCCAAGCUGUGUUUAAGGUUGUCACUUUCUCUUUCAUUUCUUUUAUCAAGCAAAUACAAGCUUUUGAUACGAAAAGCUCAGCUGAUCGAAAUGCUGCUUUUGAGAACGAGAAUGAUGUUGCUACAGCUGAUAAGGCUGUUAUCUUUGAUUCAAUUGAUAACAAUGAAACUAUCAAGCAUGAAUCUUUGUCACACCUGCUUGAUUUUGUUGAGACGACAGUAGGCCCUCUGUCGGAGUGUGAUAAUGUGGAGAUCCAAGAGCGAGCUAGGAAUGUUCUUGGUCUGAUUCAUAUCAUACGAGAAAUUCAAUAUUGGGAUAUUGUGGCAGAACAUGAAUUAACAAGGGAUAAAAAGAUAAGUGAAAUUGUGGAACUUAUGGAAGCAGCAUUUUCAGAAGAGCUAGGUCCAGUGUCUACAAAUGCACAGAAAAGAGUUACAGUGCCUGAGGACUUGAUUCUGAAUGAAAACCUUUCUGAUCUUGCAGAAGUUUUAGGUGAUAUUGAUGUCACUCCAUGCACAUCAAUAUCAUUUUCCCUUCGAUGUCAUCAUCCCACAGAAACUAAAGAGGACUCUGCACCAGUUAUUGAGCCGAGUUCUUUGCUGGCUGAACACCGUAAGCGACAUGGGUUGUACUAUCUUCCCACGGAGAAAGAUGAAGUUGAAUCAAAUGAUUAUCCGCUUGCUAAUGAACCUCUGUUGGCUGUCAGUCAUGUUGACGAUGCCAAAGACAUUGUGAAGCUCACUGCACAAUCAUUUAUUCCAAGAAAGGCAAAGCCCACGAAACCACGACCUGUGGUGAUAAGGUUGGAUGACGGAGAUGGUGACUCGAGUUCUGGUUUGACAAUGGUUAAGGAAUUCAAGGAUGAUUUAUUAUCUGGCGCAAUCCGGAAUGUUCUUUUAGGAAAUGAAAGCAAACCAUCAUCAUCCUGUGAUAUGUCAUCCGACAGAACUUCUCGACGAGGUGAGAACGAUGCAUCUAAUAAUAAUGAUUUAUUUUCUCAGCCAAAAGAAAGUAAUGCUUUAGAUAGUAGAGAGCAUAGAAAGUCAAGUUCUAGGAAGAGCAGACAUCAUACUCGCCACAAGGAAAAAAAUGGAAGCCUUGGGAAUGAGGAUAUUGAAGAGACGAGCCAUAGGCACUCGACAAGGAGUAGCUGCCAUCAAGGGAGGCAUAAGCAUAGAGAAAAAGGGGAUGCUCCUCCAGAUGUCGUUUCACAAGAACCAGUUAUCCAAGAUUUCCUUUUGUGAUUUCUGUUUGCCUACUUGGAUUUUGUCCGUCUAGUUGCCUUCAAAAGGUUUUUGCCUUUGCAUAUGAUUUCAUUCGCCUUUCCCUUCUUGCCAAGUACCUUAAAUGCAGAGACACUGAAUGUGGUACAUUCAUCAAAUGACCAAAACAAGAUGCAUAAUCUUCAGCUGCAGAUAUUUCUUAAGGUCUUUUUGCAGAACAAUUAAAGUACAAAUGAUGAAAUACCAGUCUGAGUGAAAUCUUACUUCCUUUGAGCUCUUCUUUUACCUUUAACAACCGUGCAUCAGUUCUGACAUGAAUUUGAUGAGUAGUAAGAGCAAAGUGAUCUAUUUUUUCAUCUGUGAAUUUUGCAGCGGGACAAGUUGAUGGUAUCCAUCCGAGCUUUCUGUGUGUAAGCUAAAUGAAAAUAUGGAUAAUCUUACAUGGCGAUUAAUAAAUUGUUGUAGUAUGAAAAAUUGUCUUACUUAAACGAUAACAGGCAUUUGAUUGUUUAACAAGCCAAAAAUGUCCUCUCAAAUAGUUUCAUAUUCAUACUUGUCUUCAUAUCAGAAAUAUCAUAUGGAUUAUCAUGAUCUGUGCAUAUGAAUCCUUCAGUGUAUUGAGCAAUUGAGUUAACAUGUGCAUAAGUC